GGGGCAUUAGACCAGAUUCACCGGGAGCGAGUGAGAGCUACAAUCUGCUUAGACUCAACAACACGAUAUCGCCUUCAUAGGUGGGCAUGGAGUCCAAGAUUUGGGGGGAGUGAGACGACGUUACAAGGUACAAGAAACAGGACAGGACAGCUCCCAUGGCUGCUACGGCCAGUAGCAGAACUGAACCCAGACCAGGCUGGGUCGCUUUUUCAGAUGAGGAGUCACAGACAGAGGAGUCCUCUUUAGACCAGCCUGUGCUGGACUCCUCUACUUGGGCAGAAGUACCACCAUGUGUGUCUGGUCAGAAGACAGAGCAGCCGAAUUCCUGGGUUCAGUUUGAUGACAAACCAUGGUCACCCUCUCCACCACCCCCAUCACAGGUAAAAGGUCCCAGGCACAGCAUUUGCUCUUCAGCCAGUUUCUGGAGUGCUGUUCCCCCAUCAGAGAGCAGCUGGACCACCCAAUCGGAGGAGCAGAGCUCCGUGAGCAUGGGAGCGUCUUCCUGUGACCUGCCCUCACUUAACACUGAAGAGCCACCCAGCCAAACACCCUCCUGUCCCCACUCUCCUAAUUCUUCUGUGUGCCAAGAGGAUGAAGCAAUGAACAUGGAUUCAUUCAACUGGACAGCAAACAACCAACACACUAAUGGCCAAUCUUAUGUCACCUCCAACCGCUUUGCCAGCUGGGUUACUUUUGAUGAUGAUGAGGACUCAGUUUUCCAACCUCCAGGGAGACAGUCUAAUAUAAAACUGGAUAACCUCAACAAUUCUCCUCUGCAGGAUGCCAACAGCAACCUAAUUUCCUCUUCCUUGUGUGGCCAGAUGACAGAGAGACACAUCCUGGACUUGACCCCUGAUGGCACCAAUUCCAUCUUUGACUUAAAUAACACUUUAUCGAACAACAGCGUCCCUUACAACAAGAAGAACCCUUUCCUGGAUGAUGAGCUCUCGAAUCUACAACCUUCUCCUAUUAACCCUUUCAGUGCCUAUUUUGACAAAACAGACCUGAAAACAUCCCAAGGCUUGUGUCAGGAGUCACCGGAUGUGUGCGCCUUCAGCUCACCGUUCUUUGAGUAUCAAGAUGCUGAUAUCAAAAGGGAAUCUAUUAUGCUUUUCUCAUCCAAGAAAGACUCUGUUGUUGGAAAAGAUAGUAUCCCAUCAGGCUUUCCAGUAGAUGGUCUGGAUCAGCUCAGGAAUAUUCACAUUUCUGACCCUGACCGUGACGGUAGUCCUACUCUUCCAGAUGAUUCUGUAGAGGUAGUUGACUCUGAUGAUUCCACCUACAAACCAGACCAUAUGACCCCUCAGGAAGGCUGGCCCAUGCUUCUGCGCAUCCCUGAGAAGAAGAACAUCAUGUCCUCACGUCACUGGGGACCAAUAUUUGUCAGGUUGACGAACAGCGGCCAGCUGCAACUUUUCUAUGAGAAAGGGCUGGAAAAGCCCUUUAAAGAGUUCCAGCUGAACUCCCAGCAUGAGAUAUCUGAACCUAAGCUUCAAAACUACGAUGAGAAUGGCCGUGUUCAUACCGUCAGUGUAGACCAUGUGGUUUACAAAGAGAAGAGGAAGAUCCAGCCCAAGGUCACGGUGGUUCAUAUGCCUGUGAGAGAGCAAGUGGUGAAGCUUGGGACCAUAAACUAUGAGGACUUCUUAAGUUUUCAUCAUGCUCUGCAAGAGAGCCUCGUGGGGCUCUCAGUGGAUCAAGAAGGUCUUAACUGGGCUACAGCUUACAGUGAGGAGGAGAUCCACGUGGAGGUGAGGGAUAACUUCUAUGGGAUUGUCUCCAAAGGAGACAGCCGUAUUUUGGAGCAGCUUGUUUUCACCCGAGUGAACAUGCUAGCCUUUUUGAACGGCUCUCCACCUUGCAGCAUCGGCCUCAAUGAUAUCCAGGUCAAAGGUAAAGAGGUGGUUUCCCGGCAUGACAUCAUUCCCAACACAACGUCACGUUGGAUUCAACUGCGGGAUUGUCGACUGCAUGAGUGCGCAGACCAGUUAGAGUUCACAGAGUCCCGAGCCAUUACGUUCAGCCCACCGGUUGGUCGCCGCUUUGAACUGCUGCGUUUCCGUACGGCGUUCGCCGAAAAAACCCUUCCCUUCACUUUGAGGACAGUGGCUUGCGUCAAGGGUGCGGAAGUGGAGGUGCAGUCCUGGUUGGUGAUGUCAACAGGGUUUUCAUCCAAUCGGGAUCCUUUAACAUUGAUACCAUGUGAGAAUGUUGCUAUCCGUUACCCCAUACCUGAAAUUUGGGCAAAGAACUUUAAGCGGGAGAGUGUGACGGGAGAGAAGUCCCUGAAGGCUCGCUUCAAUAAAGGAGCCAGUUUUGGUUCGACCAGCACGUCAGGGUCCGAACCGGCUAUGAGGGUAACGUUGGGCACUGCGAAAUACGAACAGGCCUUCAGGUCUGUGGUGUGGAGGAUCAGUCGCCUGCCAGACAAGAACUCAGCACUGGGACAUCCUCAUACAUUCUACUGUCAUUUGGAGCUGGGCUCAGAUUGGGAGGUGCCUCCCAAGUUUGAGUGCCUGGUGGAGGUUGAGUUUGACAUGCCCUCCGCUUCUGCGUCCAAAGCCACCAUUCGCUCUCUGUCUGUGGGGGACAGAACUGACUUGAAGAAAUGGAUCACCUACAAAUCACAUUACUCCUAUCAGGUGGCAGUGGAGCAGAAGAAUGAAAGCACAUUGAACAGUCCUCAGAAGGAGCAACCAGGCCAGUGCGUUCAACAGUGAGAAACCAGGAUGAGAGGGAGGCUUAUAGCUUGCACUUGUUGAAUGAGAGAAAGUUCAACUCUAAACUGGGGUAGUUUCGUUUACAUUUCUUGCUCAUUUGGACUUUUUUUUGGUUUGGUGUGAUAUUAAAAAUUCAGCAAGAAGGGAAAACACAUCACAGAUACCUUGAAACACUACAGUAUAUUUCCACAUCUCAACAAGCAUUGCAUAUCCAAAUAUUUCAAGAAUAUGAUUUGCUAUUGCAGCAAAGAGCUUUUAUUUUACAGACACAGCGAAUAAUUCGCAGAUCAUCUCAUAAGUAAUCAUAUUUGCCUAAAAUGAUGCAGCUGUAGUGGUUUGUCUUAACUGCAGAUAUCACAAAAAAUGUUGUGUAAAUUAAUCUGUAUAUUUUGGCCUAUGAAGAGUCAUUUGUGUAGUGUUACCAAGUUAAUUUUCUUGCUAUUUAACUUUGUACAGAGGAUAACGAGGGACUCGUUAACUAAUACAUUUCAGACUUUUUUUUAAUUAGAAGACAAACCUCACUAAUUUCUAAUUAAAGAAUAGUAAAAUGCAAGGUACUGGUAAUGCAAACUAAUCGUUUACUUUAGAUUUGUGUUUUAUUAGCACAUUUUAAUUUGUUUUUAUGAAUAUUUAUUAGAACAACAAAAAUUCCAAAUGAAAAUCGCAUUCAAUUAAUUUGUUCACUUUUUUUCUUUGGGUUUUGUUUGCCACACACAGAAUCAGAUCUGAGUAAUUGAAAAUAUCUUAAAUCAUAGUACUGCGGUGAGAAAAGUGAUCAUGAAUGUCAAAUACCCUGUGCUUUGCAUAUCUUGCUAAGUUUGAGUAUUUUUUUUAACUGAGUUUAACAAUAAGUAGGUUCAAAAGUAGUGUCACAAUUACUAAAGAGGGCUUAAACUUUGUUAAACUUGCAAGUACUACUGUAAUUUUUCUUUAUAGUUCUUUUCAGAUUUAUGUACUGUUCAUUUAACUACAGUAAUUGUUGUUGCCACAUUUACUGAUGAAAAUAAUAUUUAAGAUAACAUUUUCCAAAUAAUAUUUGCAUAUUUUAGUUGCAUUUUGUAUUUCAUGAUUUGUUUUGGUUUUGGGAGUCACAGGUGUUUUGAUUGUCGGUGCACAAACCUAGUACUAAUUAAGAAUGAUUUUGAAAAUGACAAUGUAUGUUUUCAUCAUAAUUAAAAUGAUUAUGAUUCAAGAUUGCUCUGUUUUGUCCUGUAGCGCAGAGGAAAACACUUAAAGGAAAAGUUCACUUCAAGAACAAAUAUUUACAGAUAAUUUACUCACCCCCUUUGUCAUCCAAAAUGUUCAUGUCUUUCUUUCUUCAGUCGUAGAGAAAUUAUGUUUUUGGAAGAAAACAUAUCUCACUGUAGUGUUACACUGAAAACAAAGAAUGAUACAAAUAUACAUGGUUGGCUUUUCUUCUUAUUUGGCUUUUCAUUAAGUACAUUGACAUAAUUCUUUUAAGAAAUAUAUUUUUAUGCAAUAUCUGAAUGCUUCUGUUAGUACUGACACUUUGAUAUUGGGCAAAGACAUAUUUUGUUAUAGGGUCCUCAAUUUCAUAGUGUUUAUUGUGUCUUAAAGAGUUUUUGGAUUGUUCCAGGAUUGAUUGAUUGUUUUGUUUCUCUGUUGGAUUUCUUUGGUCAUGUUUGGGAAAUAUGUGUAAUUAAAAAAAAUGAAAGAUAUCUAACAA